AACGACUAUUUCUUAUUCUCAACUUUGCCCUCUUCUGGUGGUGGAGCUCAAUCACAAUCUUCAAAGCAUACUCGCAAAACCAUACAGAUCAGCUCGCGUUAGCCUCCUUCAAAAACGCGAUACACGAAGACCCAUUUGGAGUCUUGAGCUCUUGGAACGAUUCUACUCAUCAUUGUGAGUGGCAAGGUGUUUUGUGCAGCAAAAGAUAUCCUUGGAGAGUCACAUCCCUAGUCCUGAGUUCACAAGGCUUGAAAGGCUUCCUAUCUCCUCAAGUAGGUAACCUCUCUUUUCUAAGGGUUAUUAUUCUACAAAACAAUAGCUUCCAUGGUGAAAUCCCACCACAGAUUGGCAACUUGCUGCAGCUACGUGUUCUUGUUCUUAGUAAUAACUCAUUUGGUGGGCCGAUCCCCUCCAAUCUUUCCCGCUGCUUGAACCUCAACACCCUAAAUCUCAUAGAUAACCAACUUGUGGGGGGAAUCCAUUCCGAUCUUGGUUCUUUAACAAGACUUAAAGGCUUGGGUUUGUCUAUGAACGGUCUUGUAGGUCCUAUUCCUCAUUCGAUUGGAAACCUCUCACAGCUACAAAAGCUCUCCCUGAGAGCAAAUGUGUUAAGCGGAGAAAUACCUAAGGAAUUGUCCAGACUCAAGAGAUUGGUACUUUUCCAACUAUCUUCCAACAAACUAACCGGUGAGGUUCCAGCAGGGAUUUUAAACAUCUCUGACAUUUUUGUAUUCGAUGUUAGUUAUAACCAGUUGCGGGGAACCUUUCUCAAUGAUGUCAGCACCACUUUCCCUUCUCUCUUUCUCCUUGCCGCCAACUAUAACUUGUUCACCGGGAUGAUUCCGUCAAUGUUAACGAAUGCCACAGGUCUUGAAAUACUUUUCCUUGACAACAACAAUUUCCAUGGGCCAAUACCGAAAAAUCUGGGAAGUCUAAAGCACCUCCAAAUAAUUGCAUCGGCUCAUAACCACUUGCAGGAUGACUUGAGUUUUAUUUCUUCUUUAGUUAAUUGUUCCAACUUAAAAGUUCUCCAGAUGGAGGAGAACUUUCUUCAUGGAUCGUUGCCGGGAUCCUUCUCCAAUCUCUCCACCAGCAUUAAGCGAAUUUCUUUGUCAUACAAUCGGAUCCAAGGAUCUAUUCCUUUAGCCCUCGGAAAUCUCUUCAACUUGUCUGUGUUGGGUUUAUCAAAUAAUCUUCUAAUCGAUCGCAUUCUUGACUCCACUGGAACACUUCACAACUUGCAGCAACUUUAUUUGAGGGGAAACAUGUUUACUGGAGAGAUACCAUCUUCGAUUGGUAACAUUACAUUGUUAGGUAUUCUUGACCUUUCCUCCAACAUUUUCCAAGGCUACAUACCACAAAGUCUUGGCAACUGCAAACAACUAAUUGAGCUUGAUCUUUCAAACAAUAAACUAGUUGGCUCAGUUCCUAUUGAAAUCAUGGGUCUUUAUUCCUUGUCAAUCGUCCUUAGUUUAGCAAAUAAUAAUUUAAGUGGAUUUCUUCCAUUGCAAGUCGGAUCUUUAAAGAAUCUUGGCGAAUUAGAUCUGUCUCACAACAGAUUGACUGGCUUAAUUCCGGCCUCCAUCAGCCAGUGCUUGAGAUUAGAAUGGCUUCGCAUAGAAGCUAAUUCUUUUCAUGGUCAAAUUUCCCAAGCUUUACACCCAUUACGAGGUCUACAAGAGUUGGAUCUUUCCAAUAAUAAUUUUUCUGGUCCAAUCCCGAGCUUUCUCGUAGAGCUCUCGCUACUCAAGUACUUGAAUUUGUCCUUCAAUCAACUAGAAGGACAAGUUCCAGAGGGUGGAGUUUUUCAUAAUGCGAGUGCUAUAUCAGUUUCUGGAAACAUACAACUUUGUGGAGGUAUUCCGGGUCUGAAGCUUCCUCUUUGCAAAUCACCAACCUCUAACAAGUCUUCUUCAACCAAGGCCAUAGUGACAUUUGCGGUAGCUGUCAGUUUAUUAUGUUUAGCUUUGUUGUUCCUGUCUAUCUUCUAUUACUGCAAAAAGAAGCAGAUGACAACCAAUGCCUUGACAUUGUCAUCCUUCGAGCACCAAUUCUUGAGGAUUUCUUAUGAAGAUAUCCUAAGAGCUACUGAUAGAUUCUCUGAGACCAAUGUGAUUGGUAAAGGUAGUUACGGCACGGUUUAUAAGGGGAUUCUUGAUGGUUGUGCGACUAUGGCAGUGAAGGUGCUCAAUUUAACACAAAGAGGAGCUUCAAGGAGCUUUGUCUCUGAAUGUCGAACUCUCGGAAUCAUUAGACACAGAAAUCUAGUAAAGAUACUAAGUGUCUGUUCGAGCGUGGACUUUUGUGGCAAUGACUUCAAAGCUCUAAUAUAUGAGUUCAUGGCUAAUAGGAGCUUGGAGGAGUGGCUGCACCCUGGGACUAUAGGACAAGAUGAUGAGCAUAGCGAAUCGAGAAAUCUCAAACUAUUGCAAAGGUUAAACAUCGCCAUCGACAUAGCUACCGCGAUAGAAUAUCUCCACAAGGGUUGCUAUCCAGCCAUCGUCCAUGGAGAUCUAAAGCCGAGUAAUGUGCUUCUGGACAAUGACAUGAUGGCUCGAGUUGGAGAUUUUGGGCUUGCAAGGAUCAUUUCAACGAUGUCUGCUGAAGCCAUAGGAGUUCAAGAUCAAGGGAGUUCAACUUCAACUGCAGUCAGAGGAUCUAUAGGCUACGUGCCUCCUGAGUAUGGCAUAGGACACAAGGUUUCCCCACUUGGGGAUGCAUAUAGUUAUGGCAUUUUAUUAUUGGAGAUGUUCACUGGAAAGAGACCCACCGAAGAGGCCUUUGGGCACCAUCUUAACCUCCACAACUUUGCUCGAAUGGCUCUUCUGAAUCAAGCAAUGGACAUUGUAGACUUAAGGCUUUGGGGUGAAGCUGGUGAUCGACAUCAAGAGAUCAAGAUAAGAGAUUGCAUUAUCUCCGUAUUUGAAGUUGGAGUUGCGUGUUCGAUGGAAUCACCGCUAGAUCGGAUGGACUUGACCGAGGCAAUCAGGAAAUUACACUUGAUCAAGGUGAGUUAUGAAACCAAAGAGAGGAGGAUAGGUACAUAGCUAAAUCAGCUUUCUCAUUUCAUCUUAGAACUCUUUCACUAGUAAAGAAAAUCAUUGUGCAAAGGGAGUGUAGCAAUUUGACAUGAAUGUCUGCCUAGCUAGUAUGCGUCUCCAUUCCUAAUAUGUGUAUUUUUAAUAAUUGAACCAAAAUCUAUAUUUAAUCACCGUAGAAGGUGGAUGUAUGGACUUAUAGUCUACCUAUUUUCAAUAAGUAACCACGUAAAAUUUGAUGAA